AUAUUUGUCCGUUUCAUCAGUUUUCAGAUCAGUUCAUGCAAUUUUGAAUGUGAGAGCUGAGCUGGUUGUUAUUGUCCCACUGUCCACUCGUGGACCAUCAGUUAGGCCUACAUAUUGCUUGUAAGAACUUUGUUUGUGCUGCAUCAAAUUUGAAUUUACACAAAUAUCGUGUUCACCUUUGUGGUUCAGACGUUUCUUUGGAGCUUGUUUAAAGUUUGAUUAAGUUGGAGAUUGGAUCUACAAGAAUGGAUGAUGCCAGCUUCUCAAGGGAUGGAGCUACAAACAUGAAAGAAGCUGGACAUUCAUCCUCCUUUGAUCAGAUCGUAGAUGACCAACAACAGGAAAAUAAAACGAUGGAAGAGAAUAACGACGAACAAAAGGAGCUACAAAAGAAAAAACCUUACGUCGCCUUCCUAAUCGACCGGCCAUUUAACGCUAACACCACCGAAACUCAGGAGGAAGAAGAAACAGUAACUCUAAUGAAACGUUUGCGCUGUCGCCUCAACUUGAGAUUGCAUUCGAAAGGAAUCGAGAAGAAGAGCGAAGACGAUGACGCCGAAUUAGAAGCUCUGUUCGCGUUAAGCAUAGGUCCAUCAUCUUCAGGUUCUUUGCUAACCUCAGGAACCAAGGAAAGUUCUCCUACCAACAAGAAAAGCUUGUACGAUAGCUUGUUGGAGCUCGUGGACGAAUUCGAUGCAGCCGGCGUGGUUGAGAUUUUCCGACUGUUGCUGGAACGCAGAUCUGCCAUUCCGUUGUUCGUGCCCGAAUCAAAAACGCAUUUUUUGAACCUGAUGAGGCACGUCACCUUGCCUGGAAUCGACAACAUCCGUUUGGGCGAAGACAAGUCGUUGAUGCGCGUUGCCGUCGUCUCUUGCCGUCAGAGAAAUCAGAGCCAAGCGAGUGAGAUCCUGAAGAGCCUCUUCAACAUCGACAGUAUCCAUUGUCAAGAUUUCUCCGCUGGUAGUGUCUCUUCCAAGUCCUUGUUAGCUGAGAUCGGGUCUGGCUGCGUUGUGAUCGGAGAAUCUGGCCCUGAAAAGGUGAAAAACGUUUUGGUCACUCACGUAAUCGGGGACUUUAAACCACUUUGGCCAUUUUUGCAACAUUUCGCCGACUACUUACUGAUUGAAGACUCUUCUGUGGAAAAGGAAAGUUUUUGCCUUUCCUGGCUUACGUCUGGUGACCAAGGUUCUCAUCCUGAAUCGAGUGCGUUUCCAUUCGUCUGCGUUUGGAGGCCGUCGGUAGAUGAGACGCGCUAUGAAAUCAAAGAGGUAAAUGGAUCCUUUCAGUUAUGCAUAGACGGUCAGUUAGCAGGCAAAACUAUCGGCAUCUUAAAAUCGAGCGUCGUUGCAGUUAUCAAAAAAAUGAAUGCGGCAGAUCAAUUCCAAGUUACGUCCCAAGAACGUCUGAGGUUAUUCCAAAUUCCUAUUCUGAUGGAUGAAGGAUACAGAGCGUUGGAUUGUGUCUCUCCAACAGAGAUUGAGUCACGAAUGACAACAUCUGUUCAGAACUUGAGAGACGUGAAGACCAAGGAAUUUCUCCUCCAGAAGAACUACAUGGAGCAGGCGAAGCACGAAGAAACUAAGAUGGAGCACCGCCUAAACGAAGAAAAGGUGCGCGAGGAAGAUGCCAAGAUAAAGAAAUGCCGAGAAGUGCGUCGAUCCGAUAGCCAUCGCGUUCAACAACGUCCGCUACUACAACUAUUCCUCAGUUUUCUUUCGGAAGAAGAUCCUGGCUCUCGCAUUUUAUCCAUUCGCAUGUUAGAAAAGGAGUUAGCCGGACGUUGCGAACGGACGCUGGGACCUGAACUGCUAGAGAUCCGCAAGUUGAAUUCUUCGUACGUUGAUAAAUUAGCAACUGCAUCUGGAACGAAAGACCUGGACGUGACCAGAGAAAAUCUUCUUUCGGCCAAGGCCCAACUGCGUGAUGGUGUACUAAACAUAGAGCAUUUGUGGAGGGAGCUGAGUCAUUUAUGUACUGACAUGGAACCCGAAAGUCGUUCAUCAGUUAUUAAGAAAAUUCCUUGUCUCGCUGCCCAGCAUUUACUGGACGGCUUCUGUCUGGAGCUGCUCGACGGGGAUUCCAACAUGAUACACCUCGAAUGGAUUACCGAAGUUUUACGAGAACUUGGAGUACUGACCGGAAAAAUGAAGCGCAUUUUCGUUUUGUCCGUCAUCGGAGUGCAGAGCAGCGGUAAAUCAACUUUGCUGAACACCAUGUUUGGCAUCCAAAUGAGGACCAGCGUCGGACAGUGCACCCGAGGAGUCAACAUGCAGCUGGUACCUGUUGAAGGCCGUGCGGAGUACGACUACAUUUUGUUGCUGGACACGGAAGGCACAAGAGCUCCGGAAUAUCACGGAAUGCCCGACAGUGAAAAACGAGACAACCAGAUGGCCACGCUUAGUAUUUUACUGGCGGACGCCACAAUCGUCAUUACACCGGGUGAGAAUGACGCAGCGAUUAAAGAAAUUCUGCCGGUUGUUUUGAUGGCCUAUCAGGGAUCCAAAUUGGCCGAAGACAAUGGCGGUCGACUUAGCUCCAAGGUAUUUUUCGUUUACAACAGAAUCGACACCAGUCAGAAGAACAAGUUGAGCAGCAUCAUCCAGUCACUUGGGACAUCACUUCACGAAGCUUUUAGCCAAGUUCAGAACUUAGCCGGAGACUCCGCAUUACUGAAAUCAGAAGCGAGACCUUUUGGAAAUCUUGACGUGUCAAACCCAAACUCAUCUGAGAGUGACGUUUGUAUUCUAGGAAAUGUGAAGAAAGAAUACGAACCACCGGGUGACAUACCGGAUUCUGCCUAUGGUGAAACGCUUGUGAAAUUUCGGGAGCACAUCCAUCGACGGGUGACCAGUGCCCAGCAGGAUGCAACAGCUUGGAAGAGUAGGUCUUUUGAAGAAUUUUCGAAUUACAUUACGGAAGUGUGGAAGUGCAUUUGCUCAGCCAAUUUCACUUUGAAUUUCGCCUCGGUGGUGGAGCGCAUCACAUUCGAUAAAUUGGAUUUCGAAUACAAGAAAGUGGAACAGGAGUUAGUGGAAGCCUACCUGGAAUCCUUUGCAACUAUCAAGAAGAAAAUGAUUGAGGAAAAAGGUGAAAUUAUUAGCUCUGGCACCACGGCCGUGAUUGAUGCUACUAGCAAUGGAGAUCUCUUGUUAAAAUUCGAAGCCAAGUUACGCGAAGAAAUCUUGCCAGCCGAACAAAACUUAGACAACAAAAUGAAAGAGAUGAUUAUGAAAAGAGGACGAGAAAAAUGGAGUCUGCAGUUUCAAAGGCAAUGGGAAACAAACAAGAAAGACCAAGCUAGUAACUGGGCAUUUAGAUUGAAAACCAAUUUCGUUUUGUUGUUUAACUACGAGCACCACGUCGAAAAUUACAAGAAAAAAUUGCGCAACGAAAUUAAUAACCUCUUCAGUAACUCUUCGACAGAAUCCAGUAAGUUCGUGUGGACUGGUGGCGAAAAGACUACAAAGUUUGAAGAAUUGUACAACAACAUGUUGUUUGAAGUUUACCAGCUGUUUCCCCCAAAAGACAUGAGAGCAGAAGUCUUGAACGUUUAUCAGAACAGCAGCGUCAUCAAGAAUAGGAAGAUUGAUAUGCUGGUAUCUGAUGAAGAUUCGUCGCUGCUUUCAAUACUAAAGCAGGAACCAAUUUAUUUUUGGAGGAGGAAUCGAAAUGCCGUUGAAAAAUGCCUAAAAUCUGUUGACGCGAUUGUCAACUUCAUUUCCGCAAGCCAACAGUGCUAUGAUGACAGCAUCAUUUCUAAUUUUAUCUAUGAAGUCGAUGCAAGUAUUACUUUCCAUGAGGUUUCUACCAACUCUGAAGUUCGAAAAAUUCACAUCUACGGUCAAAACUUGAUAAUCGCAUUGAUGGAGAUUAUGGGAAGAGAGUGGGAGGCAGAAAAUUCGGUGCUCGCUAAAUUCAAACGCAACAAAGAGACCAUGUGUGAGUACUUCAUGAUGGUAUCACAGGGCGUAGAAAAGACCAAACUCUUUGCGGCCACUAUGGCGAACGCCUUGAAAAGCGUCCUGAUGUCUGCAUUCGAAAAAGAAAUGAUCCAGAAGGCGUUUAAUAUCAUUCGCAAUCGUCAGUGGUUAUUCGACGCCAGAUUGAUGCACAAGCACAUGGAUCUCUACUUGGUCAACUUGCUGGAUGAGAAGAAAGUUGAUGAAGUUCUCGAUUGCAUAAAGAAUCCGCAAAGCUUUUAUAAAGAUGUGUUACAUCGUCUAAUAGCUGAAAAUGUUCCCAACGUCGACAAGGAAUGGCAAGACUUCACUACCCAUCUGAAACUAUCCAUUACAAAAGCGGCCCUAGGAACAGAGAACGUCGAGAGUGAUAAAGCCCAGAAUUUCGUCAACCAAUUGCGGAAUGAAUUUUUGAAAGGUGGCCUGCAGAAUGAACUUCUAGCCUCGGCGUUUUUAAUCAAUUUAAGCGGCGAAUACGAGGACUUUGAAAAUGAAGAGAAUGGCGGAUUUCAAGAUGCCUGCACGAAAGAAAUGAUUCAAGCGCUUGACAGUCAAGAACCUCCGAAGAAUCAGAAAGAGUUUGCCAAAGAACUGAGCCCCAAAGUCGUUCAAUAUAUGAAAAUCCGGAACGAUCCCGUUGCCCUACCGCGUUGUGAUGCUUACUGUGCCCUUUGUAGUAGUUUGUGCAUCGAGGCGGCUAAUCACGACACCAGUCUCACACCGCACGACGCCAUUCACCAACCAGCAGGCAUUACUGGAUUCAAAAAUCUAAAAGAUUCAACUUUACUUUCGGAGACGUGCAGUGAUUGUUUCCAAGCGAACUGGAGGUUUCGCCUAUCCAACACCAGUGAAUGGAAAUACAAAGACUACGCUAAAGUCUUUCCCGGAUGGAGAGUUCCUCGAAUCAAUGAAGAAUCACCACUCCGUGAAUACAUUCUCGCUACGUACAACGAAGAAAUCGCUGAAAAAUACAAGAGGAAGUCGUGUCCCGAUGUCCCUGCCAAAUAUUUCCGGGAUUUGUCUACCAUCCGGGAACAGUUGAAAAGAGAUAUCGAUGGAAUUUAGACACAUUAUGUGUCCUGCACUUGAAACAAAAGAUCCGCACAUUCUUAUCCUUCAGUGAGGAAAAACUGCUCUGGUACUGGCCAUCAUGAGUAACACAGAAUUAUUUUGCUUUUGAAUUCAAUUAUUCUUAUGUAGUUUGCCUGAAACCAUUUUCUUUCUAUUUGAUUUGCCAUGGUUGAAAGAUUGAUCAACAAAAGGAGAUUUCUAUCUAAGGACUGACCUUUAGAGGAAAGUUCAACACACACAGUUACAUUGUUGAUUGUUUUCGUUAAUCCUUUAAACAAAGCACGUUCAUUACAAAAAUGUUGCCUUGAACAAGUUAUCCUUCGUCCCUUGCCCGCUCUUCCUUUGGCAUCCCUGAAACUGGAUUGGUUAAACACUGAAUAAAACAGAUUUCUUUC